AUGCAACAAGCCGUUACCAACCAGACAUUCCUCGACACCACGCCUCCAGAAGUUCCAAAAAUAGGAUCUGUCAAGAGUCUUAUUGAUUGUGCACGUAAGGACAGCCCUAAAGACAGGCCAGCAUCGGAAGACGAAGAUAUAGAGAGGUGGAUCGACGACAAUCUUCCAUCAGCCAAGCGUCCCAGAGAAAGAGUAACAUCCAUCGUCUCCAUCUCAUCCACCAGCUCUUGCGACAUGCAUACCAACACGGACGUCAGCGAAGACGAAAUGGAGCAUGACGUUCGGCCAACACAACCAUCUCCAGCACCCAUGCAGAAGAUCAUCGAGCUCAUCCUGCGCAAGGUUGAGAUCAACCUCCGCAAUGCAGCUUACAAGCAAUGUACCGGACGUAACGCUGCGCACAGCCAAGCCAGGUCCACGUUGCCUUCGGGUCAGAGUAGCCGCAAGACGUCUGUGAGCUCAGGAUCAAAGCGCAAGUCCCGUCUGGAGGGCAGUCCACCGCCAGAAGACGAUGACGAAGAUGGCUCAAGCAAGCGACGUCGUGGAUCAACGACCACUACCGAUGAGUCCGAGACCGGUGCGAGGUUCGCAUGUCCUUUUUACAAACACGACCCGGAUCGGCAUCGCAACAGGAGAACCUGUCCCGGGCCUGGCUGGCCCACGGUUCAUCGAAUGAAAGAGCAUCUCUACCGGUCACAUUCCCAACCGAUAUUUUGUCCAAUCUGCUACGCGACCUUCAAGUCAGACAAGGAGCAGUCGAGUCAUGUGCGACUGCAGCAAUGCGAGAGAUCAUUACCCCAACAGAUCGAAGGGAUCGAUCGCGAGACUGUCUGGACGCUGAGGAAGCGCACCACUGCGCUGAGACUAGAAGAAGACAAAUGGAGGGAUGUGUAUCAGGUCCUCUUUCCAGAUGUAUCUGCCGCCGAGAUACCCAGUCCCUUCUACGAUUGCGACUCGCCUAGCGAAACAUCGCGACGCUUCCGCAGAGACCUUCUGCGCCGCGUACAAGAAGAGCUCCUCAUGGAAUCCGGACAAGUCCCCACUCCAGCCGAGCAACAGCUCCUACAACGCGUGGCGCAGAUAGUGCGCCGUUGCGAAUACGAUCUAUUGAAUCAAGCGCAGCCGCCAUCUUCCCCACCCUCCAACCCAGACCGACGUGCAAGUGCCAGCUCUAUAAAUAGCUCGUACCAAGCCACGCCCCUACCCGCAGCCACUCCGGCCUUCCAGAGGCCAUCCCUAGCUGUACCAACGAACGUGACUGGGCGCGAACACAGAUAUGAUUCUCUUGUUGAGGCAGAUGCAGCGCCGUAUAUACCAGAGCCUACAAUGGAAUUUGGUGAUGUGGUCUGGAAUGAUCCGCCGUAUGUUUUUGGCACGGGGAUUAAUUGGGAGGCUGUCUUUCCGCCUGCGCCUGAAACGCAGUAUCUUGGGAGUGAUGAGGGGGCUACGAAUUUUUCGGUGCCGAUGUGGACGUAG